AUGGUUCCAAAAGAACGUGAAGUUCCGUCCGCAAGGAAAGAAAGUAUUAUAGAAUAUUUGGGGAUGCAAUAUGCAAAUAUAACUAGAAUUGUUGCUGAUAUAGGGAACACCACUAAAUGGAUUCCAGAUUCAGUUGUAGAGAUGCAGAAAACAUAUCUUUAUGCAGUUCAAAUGACCACUAGAUUACACAAUUUGGACAGCUGA